AUGCUGAGUCUCUAUUCCUCUCCAAAAUUCGCCGCAUUUUUUGAAGAAUUCUUUACUGGACUCUGCUCUAGCGACAGUUGUACUUAUCUACAGACUCUGCUCCAGCGACAGUUUGUACUUGUCUACAGACUCUGCUCCAGCGACUUUUUGUGCUUGUUUACAGACUCUGCUCUAGCGACAGUUGUACUUGUCUAUAGAUUCCGCUCUAGCGACAGUUUGUACUUGUCUACAGACUCUGCUCCAGCGACAUUUUGUGCAUGUUUACAGACUCUGCCCCAGCGACAAUUUGUAUUUGUCUAUAGAUUCCGCUCUAGCGACAGUUUGUACAUGUCUACAGACUCUGCUCCAGCGACAGUUUGUACUUUGUUUUCAGACUCUGCUCUAGCGACAGUUUGUACUUGCUUACAGAUUCUGCUCUAG